AUGGGAUUACUGAGGAGAGCAGCCAAGGCCAACAGGAAGAUCGCCCUCGUACGCUCCGGACACGAAGGGGAAGAUGCACGUCUCCAACGCAGUUGCCUUGCAUCUCGGCUCAAGCGCUGCGCCACCGCCGCCGAUGUCGCGGAGCUCCACUCGGGCUCGUCCUCAGACCUGCUGCCACACGAUACUUUCGCGUGCAAUGUGCUGGUCCAGAUGUAUGGAAAGUUUGGGAGGAUGGAGGACGCCGCAGCGGUGUUCCACGCAAUCCGGAACAAGAACAUCUUCUCGUGGAGCAUUCUGCUGUCGGGUUGUGCCCAAAACGGGCAUUUGGAUGGGGCUAGGUGGGCAUUUGAUAAUAUGCCAUCCAGGAACGUCGUUGCGUGGGGCGCGCUGCUCCUUGCAUUUAUCCGCGCUGCACGUAUGCGCGAAGCGGUCCAGACGUUUCAUCGGAUGCCACAGCACGACGUGGCAUCGGUGGCUUCUGUCUUGACUGCGAAUGCCCAGGCAGGGCAUAUUUUUGAAACAAAAGCUCUAAUCGAGGCGAUUCCUCCGGGUCAAGGCGACGUCGUUGUGUGGACGGCAUUGAUUGGAUGUUACAUUGCAGAGAACCGCAUUGACGACGCCAAGCGCGUGUUUGAUGGCAUGGAGGAGAGGAGUGUGGUAACUUGGACCGCAUUGUUCACAGGGUAUGCCAACGAGGGACUCGUUGCGAAUGCCAAGGUCAUGUUUGACAGGAUGCCCGAGCGGGACGUGGUGUCGUGGAACUCUAUGGCUGCUGCGUUUGCGCAGAAUGGCGACUUGCCACUUGCAAAGCAAGCUUUUGAUAGUAUUCCCGAGCAGAAUGUGGUGUCCUGGAACGCGAUUGUCACAGCAUAUGCCGAGAACGGGCAGCUGCAUGAUGCUCUGGAUCUCUUCCAUAAAAUGCCGGAGAGGAGAAUGGUGUCGUGGAACGCUGUCGUUUCCGCGCACGCGAACUGCGGAGAUGUGGAGUCGGCCAAUAUCUUGUUCGAUCGCAUGCCACAGUGGACGCUGCUUGCCUCCACCGCGAUGAUCGUUGCUUAUGCGCACAAGAACCUUGUGGCAGAGGCGCGCCGGAUCUUCCAUUCUCUGGAGGCUCGCGACGUUGUGGCGUGGAACGCUAUGAUCUCUCUCUACGGCCAGAAUGGGCUGGUGGAGGAAGCAAGCAGGGCAUUCCGGCGCUUGCCAGUGAGCGAGCGCAACCUGGUCAGCUGGACGGCCAUGGUGGCGGCAUAUGCCCAGAACGGGCAUAGCAAGCAGGCCAUGCAGACGUUCCAGCAGUUGGAGCUCGAGGGCGUGGAGGCGGACGAGAUUUGCUUCAAGACAGUGUUGGGCUGCUGCAGCCACGCCGGCCAAGUCGACGUUGCAUGCUACUGCUUCACGUCCAUGGUGGGGGAUCACGGCAUUGCUCCGUCCAAGUGCCACUACUGGAGCAUCCUGGACGCACUGGGCCGCUCGGGGAGGCUGGGAGAAUGCGAGGAGCUCAUGGGCAGCAUGCCUUUCUCGCCGGACGAGGUGGCGAGAGGGAGCGCGCUGGCCGCUUGCAAGAACGACAGCGACAUGGAGCGCGCCAAUCGGAUCGGCAACCAGCUGCUCGAGACCGAUCCAGACAGCGCCCCGGCCUACGUCCUCAUGGCAAACCUCUUCUCCGCUGCAGUGGGGGCGAAUUAG